CCUGUGAUAUGAACGUUCAUAAGAAAUGCCAAGACAGUGUUCCUAAUCUGUGCGGAUGUGAUCAUACGGAAAGACGUGGACGCAUAGAACUGAAAGUUUCUGCUUUCAACAACAAACUUGUCUGUGAAGUACGACAAGCUCGUAAUCUCAUUCCUAUGGAUCCGAAUGGCCUUUCGGAUCCGUAUGUAAAAAUCAAGUUGGUUCCUGACACUGGAGAAUCUAUGAAGCGAAAAACAAAGACAAUCAAGGCGAAUCUCAAUCCUACAUGGGGUGAAACUUUGUCGUUUGAUUUGAAGCCAGAAGACAAGGACCGCCGGCUCUUGGUUGAAGUCUGGGACUGGGACAGAACGUCUAGGAACGACUUCAUGGGAUCUCUGUCUUUUGGAAUCUCCGAAAUCAUGAAAAGUCCCGCAGAGGGGUGGUUCAAGUUGCUCACUGCCGAAGAAGGAGAAUACUACAAUGUUCCCGUACCCUCUGAAGAUAAGGACAUCUCCGAGCUCAAGACGCAAAUGAAGAAAUCUGAGAAAAUUUCUGCAAUCACUGACAUUCCACACAACAUGGGCAAGCAAGAUGUGAUCAGGGCUUCCGACUUUAACUUCAUCAUGGUCCUGGGAAAAGGCAGUUUCGGUAAGGUCAUGCUAGCUGAAAGAAAAGGAACCGAUGAGCUGUACGCCAUAAAGAUUCUUAAAAAGGAUAUCAUUAUUCAAGAUGAUGACGUAGAAUGUGCCAUGGUGGAGAAACGAAUUUUAGCUCUAGCAAAUAAACCUCCUUUCCUUGUCCAAUUGCAUUCGUGUUUCCAGACAAUGGACAGGUUAUAUUUUGUAAUGGAGUAUGUAAAUGGAGGAGAUCUUAUGUUUCAAAUUCAACAAUGUGGAAAAUUUAAGGAACCUGUUGCGGUGUUUUACGCAGCAGAAAUCGCCAUCGGUAUGUUUUUCUUGCAUAACAGAGGCGUCGUGUACAGAGAUUUAAAACUUGACAAUGUUUUAUUGGACUCAGAUGGCCACGUAAAAAUUGCUGAUUUCGGAAUGUGCAAAGAAGGAAUCAUUGGCGAUAAACUAACAAAAACGUUUUGUGGAACUCCUGAUUACAUUGCGCCAGAGAUUAUUUUGUACCAGCCGUAUGGGAAAUCUGUCGAUUGGUGGGCAUAUGGUGUUCUUUUGUACGAAAUGCUUGUUGGCCAGCCACCAUUUGAUGGAGAAGAUGAAGAAGAGCUUUUUGCAAACAUUACAGAGCAUAAUAUCAAUUACCCAAAAUCCCUUUCAAAGGAAUCUAAAGAAAUUUUGAAAGGACUUUUGCAACGGAAUCCUCAAAAACGCCUAGGCUGUAAUCACAACGGAGAAGAGGACAUUCGAAUUCACCCAUUCUUCAGAAGGAUAGAUUGGAUAAAAAUAGAAAAUAGGGAAGUUCAACCGCCAUUUAAACCAAAAAUUAAACAUAGGAAAGAUGUAAGUAAUUUCGAUCGUCAGUUCACAUCAGAGAAAACAGACCUCACCCCGACAGACAAACUAUUCAUGAUGAACCUUGAUCAGACAGAGUUCUUCGGGUUUUCCUUCCUCAAUCCUGAAUAUGUUCAACAUGUUUGA